AUGCGGUCCCUCACAGAAGAGGAAACCAAGACGCUUUUCCAGAAACUCGCGCACUACACCGGCCGGUCGCUCAACCAGCUCAUCCAGCCGACAGACGAGGACGAGCGCUAUGUGUUUCGCAUCCAGGGCUCGCGCGUGUACUAUGUCAAGCUGUCAAUUGCAAACCUGGCCACGAGCAUUGCGCGAGACAAUCUGCUGAGUCUGGGGACGUGCAUUGGCAAAUUCACUCGCACGAUGAAGUUUCGCAUGCACAUUACGGCGCUCGAUGUGAUUGCCCCUCAUGCGCGAUACAAGGUGUGGAUUCGCCCCAAUGGCGAGAUGCCCUUUUUAUACGGAGGUCAUGUCCUCAAGGCACAUACGCUGCGGUGGUCCGAGGAUUGUCCCGAAAACAGCGGCUGUGUCGUGUUUUCCCAGGCUGAUACGCCUUUGUUCGGUGUCUCGGCUCGUUCGUCCAGUGCUGCUUCUAAGCUCGAACCGACUGCAAUCACAGUGUUUAGACAGGCUGAUUUGGGAGAAUACCUCCGUGAGGUAAGUUUUUCAAAACGUGACCCCUCACCUCCUUCUCCAUCUUUUUAUUUUUUUCCCUUUGUUUGCGCCUACACGCGACCUCACUGGCCUCUUACAUAUCCGCCCAGUAUGCCGCCGUACAACAGCUCGCAGAAGCAGUCGAUCGCACAGUUUGUGGACCUGACGCAGGAAAAGGACUCGACUGCGGCCAAGUAUUUGCGCGCGAGUGCAUGGAAUGUUGAACAGGCUCUCGAUGCAUACUUUGGAGCGGCCAAAUCGGGGAGCUCUUCGUCGACAGUCGCGGCCCUGAAUAAGAUUUUCGACAGCUAUCGAGAUGACCCCAAAGAAAACCCAGACACGAUCGGUAUCGAAGGCGCGAUGAAAUUCCUCGAAGAGAUCCAAGUGCGUCUGGACGAAGUCGUGUGUCUCGGCAUCGCCGAGCUGCUCAAGUCCCCCAGCAUGGGUGAAUUCACACGCCAGGAGUUUGUGGACGGCUGGAAGAAUGCUGGAGCCGACUCGAUACCCAAAAUGAUCACACACGCCGCAACCCUCCGCAAACGCAUUCCUACACAUACCGAGUCCUUUCGCAAGGUAUACCGCUACGCAUUCCCGCUGUGUCGUAUGCAAGGGCAACGCAAUCUGAGCUUUGAAAUCGCGUCGGAGCAGUGGCAGCUCUUCUUCACGAGCGCCAACGGCGGUGUGGAAUGGAAUACGGCUACGACGCCGUGGCUGGACUGGUACAUUGAAUUCCUCGAGUGGCGGAACACACGUGUGGUCAACAAGGAUCUGUGGGAGCAGACAGAGGUGUUUUUGCGCAAGUCGAUCGAGGAUGAGUCGUUUGGCUGGUGGAGUCCAGAUGCCGCGUGGCCGGGGGUGUUGGACGAAUUUGUUGCGUAUGUACAGCAGGCUAAGCGUGGUGAAAAGGCGAGGGCUGGCGAGGAGAUGGAAUUUGAGUAG